GCGCUGGCAACUGCAGAGCUACCACAAUCGCUGCGAUAAAAAUUCGAAACCACGCGACGGAAUGCAAAAGGAUAUCUUUCUCAAUACACAAAGUUCUCGUUUGUGAGCAGAGAUUAGGUUAGAUCACACUAAAGUGCUAUUUAUGGAUGAAUGGACUGAAUAAUCGAACGAAAGAUACACUGAAUUGGAUAUAAUAAUUGCCUACAAUUUAAAAUAUGAUAAAAUGCCAGAAGACACAGAUAUAAAAGUUAAUGUUGAAUAUUGUGGCUCAUGUGGACACAAGAAACAAUUCCUUCAGCUGGCAGAGGAAAUUAAGAAAAAUGUUCCCGAUGCCACUGUUACUGGUACAGCGGGAAGGCGAGGAUCUUUUGAGGUGGAUGUCAAUGAUGAACAGGUAUACUCAAAGCUUCAAACUCUAGCCUUUCCUGAUUUCGCUGCAGUUGCGGAUAUGGUCAAAGAUGUAUCUGCAGGAAAACCGAUAAGAAAAAUUGACCAACAACAAGCUGUGGAUUGCGUUUUGUUGUAAGCACGUUUUAUUAUAAAUCAGGUAUGAUUCAUUUUAUCAAUAUUUCUUGUAUAAAAAUGAACUUGACUAUUUACUAUAAGUGUAUAUGGUCUACUAAGUACUUCAUAGAACAUGUCAGAUUUGUUGCUUGUUUAUGGUAAAAAUUUCAACGUGUAUUUAAUUAGUCACUCAUUUAGAGAUUAUUUACUCAGGAAUAAUAAAUGCAAUCACCAAUCUUAAGUA